AUGAGGACAUUGGCAUUGAAAGAGAUCAACGGAGGAGAUGAUGAGAAUUAUGGCUACUUACCUGGUUAUGCAGAGACGGUAAAGCAAACUAAUCAGAGCUCUGUUGCUAUUUGUGCAUGGGAAGUAGAAGACUCCAUUGAAAGGCCUUUGACAUUCAUUACUAUUGCUCUAGAUGGUAAUAAUCAGCUAUUUCCUAUUGCUUGGGCUAUUGUUUCUGGUGAAGAUCAUAAAACAUGGAAAUUUUUUGUGUGGCACUUGAAGAACAUACUAAAGGACAGUGGUAGAGGUGAUGAUUGGACCAUCAUAUCUGAUAGACAGAAGGGAAUUGAGAUAGCCUUGAAUGAGCUAUGGCCAAUUGCUGGGAGGAGAUAUUGCUGCAAGCAUUUAUCUGCAAACUGGAAGAAAAAAUAUCCAGGGCCGUUGAUGUAUGGACUAGUUUGGAGGGCAGCAAAUGCCACUUCUCUAUUCAAGUUCAAGAAAUCUAUGGAAGCCAUUGACGACGCGAACCCUACGACAUGGAAGUGCCUUGCAGAUAUUGGAGAUCAAUCAAGAUGGGCAAAGUAUGCAUUUGACCCUAAUGUUUGUUGUGACGAGAACAAAACGAACUUUGUUGAGAGCUUCAAUGCAACUCUUGGAGUUGAUAGGUGCAAGCCUGUUUUAACACUACUUGAGGGUAUAAGGAGGGUCACUAUGGUAAGGAUGGCCACAAGAAAGGAGAAGAGUGAAAACUGGAUAGACUCUGAUUUUUGUCCUAACAAAGUGAAGAGAGUGAAGUCCUUGAUUUCAGACUCAAGAACAUGUAAGGCUUUCAAUUUUGGUGAUGGAUUUUAUGAGAUUAAAGAUGGUAAGUCCACCAUAUCUGUGAACUUAAAUGACAGAACAUGCAUAUGCAACGCAUGGCAACUCAUUGGGAUCCCUUGCAAGCAUGCUGUGAGGGCCAUUCUACAUUCAAGCCAAGAUCCCAUAAGAUCUAUUCUAGACCCUGAGAAUUGGUCAGAAAUGCAGUUCCCAGUAAUUAAGCCAUCAGUGAUGAAGAGAGCAAUUGGAAGACCUGCAAAGAAUAGAAAGAGGGAUGCAGAUGAAGAACGAAAGGAGAAAAGGUCUAAGACUGUGAAGUGUAGUAGAUGCAAGGAGUUUGGACACAAUGUGAAGACUUGCAAGGGUGGAUUGGCUGCUAAGCAAAAGAAGGGUAAAAGGACGAUUUCUACGCCGUCAUCUUCAAAAGCAUCCUAA